UUAAAAUAGCUUUUAAAAAUAUGUUUCAAAUAUUGAGUAUUGUGCGUUUCCACACUGACCGUCUGCUCUUUCCUGUGAAUCACGUCUUCCGUUUGCCUCAUAAAUCACAGCUGCGUUACUGAUCUGUCCUCCUCUGCAUGCAAAUCACGUCCUUCAUGGAAUGCUGCAGGCCCCACAGGGACUGUCCUUUAGCAAGGUGAUGAGAUGAUCAGAGUAAAAGGGUAACUGGGUGUUGGGGGAAAUGCCCACCCUUUGAACACAGAAAUACACCAAAUAGCUCUGGCAGAGACAGUCUUUUUCUGCCGAUCCCAUAUUUUAAAGAGGAAACUCCCUGUUAGAUUAGGAAAUUCUGAGCCGGUUGGAUCUGGGAGGCAGGAGGGAGGUGAGACACCCCCCUCCCGGCUCUCCGAUCAGCGCCUCCUCCCCAGAGAGCAGCUGCUGUCCGACACCGUGACUGGCAGAAGGAGCCGCUGCUGCUGACAUGAAGAAGAGGCGUCGCUCCUGUGCCGGAUCCUCUCUGCGAACGUUGUUUUGUCCGGCCUAAGCUUGAAGACUGUUCUGCAGUGUCUAAUCCUGCACCAUGGGGGCCCCACUCUGCAGAUGCAUCCCUCCUGCAGGGUUGAGGAAAUGCCUUUUUGCUCUUCUGCAGCUUUUAUUGUUAUUGCCAUCAGUCAGCGUCCAGAGGCAGCCAGUAGGCCCCCCCUUGGACUGCAAAAAGACUUGUGUGUGUGCCAGUAACAUCAUCAGCUGCUCUAAAGCAAAUUUAAGCAACAUUCCCACCUCCCUUCCACGAUACACCACCGUGCUGGACCUCAGCUUCAAUUCCAUCACCAGGCUUCGAGCUGGCUGGACCUCCACACGUCUGGACAGCCUGCAGAGGUUACUGCUCAACAACAACGGCCUCAACUUCCUCUCCUCCGAGGCCUUUCUGCAUGUGACCAACCUUCACUACCUGGACCUUUCCUUCAACGACCUCCGUCAGUUGGACGAGUUGAUCUUUGAGCCGCUGGAGCAGCUCCAGGUGCUGCUUCUGUAUAAGAACAACAUUUCUCAAAUAGAUCGCAGUGCCUUCUCCGGGCUCAUGCUUCUGCAAAGGGUCUACCUGAGCCACAACCGCAUCUCACGCUUCCCCUUGGAGCUGGUGAAGGAGCAAACCCGCCUAGAGAGUCUGAAACUACUGGACGUCUCCUCCAACCGCAUCAAAAGCCUCCCGAUCAGUGAUCUUCUGGCUCUGCCUGCCUGGAUCGGCUCUGGAGUUUUCUUCCACAACAACCCACUGAGCUGCAGUUGUGAGUUAUAUGACUUGGUGGCGCACUGGUACAUCAAAGAUCUCACCUCGGCCAUGGACUUCACAAGCAGCCACACGUGUGUGAUACCCAGCCUGCGUAAAACAACCAUGCUCAUCCUGGAUCUGCACAGGGCUCACUUGAAUUGCAGUGAGGUCAAAGGUCUGAAAGAGGAGGCCUAUCUGGGACAGUCCCUGGUACUGGAGUGUGACACAAAGCAGAGGAGCAUGCUGAAAAGAUGGGAAUUACCCAGAAAUGUCACACCGCCACAGGAAGUCACACGGGCUGUGAUGCGCUCUGACGGCAGCCUCCUCAUCGAGGCUCUCAAAGUAGAGGACUCUGGAAUCUACACCUGCUACGCCACAAGUGACUCGCUGAAUGAGACUCUGCAUGUAACUGUAGUGGUGUUUAACUCCACUAUGAGUGGUGGGCUAGAGAACAUUAAUACAGCCUACACCACCCUGGUGGGGUGCCUGGUGAGUGUGGUCAUGGUGUUCUUUUAUCUGUAUUUCACUCCCUGCCGCUGCGCCUGCUGCACAGAUCAGGACGCCGAGAAGGAGGACUUCAGAGGAAGUCUCCACUCCUCGGAUGAAAACCUUUCUCAGGCCGGCAGGCAUGCAGCCAUGCCGGAGCAAAACGGGAAUCUGAAUCCCAUUGGAGAAGAGAACGAGGGAGAAGACGGGAGGAAGAGGAGAGGCUCGGACAGUGAGUCAGUGUGCUCUGAUGCUCCCAUGGUGGUGUAAACAACAGGAACAGCUUUCAACGUGAACAAUAUUUCAAAGUUAUGAACCUUUAAAACAACACUUUGGUUCGCAUUCAGAGUAGAAAAGCAAUAUUAUUAUUGCAAAAAGCUGCAUAUUUAAGAUAAAAAUCAGGCUAAAUGUGGCUAAAGUGUGAAUUUAAGGAAUCACAGCUUAAAAAUACUGAUAUGAGUUGAGUGGAACAUUCUCAAAAAGUUGCAGCACGAAGACCCACUCCGAUCAUCUUUUGAUCUAUUUUAAAAGCGUUCCCAGUGGUCUUUUAUUUAUGAUUUUGCAGUUUUUAGCCCAAUUAAAAAAACCUGUGAGCAGAGUAAGCCCAGCUCUACUUCCCGACAUCCCUUUGUUUACACACUCUCCCACUAGCUUGCAGCCCCUCACAACUUCAACUUAACAUUUUUGUUACAAUAAUAGCGAGCAGGAUCGUAGCAAUCCAGUUCUACAGUUCUGAUCCAGAAUCCAGCUCGGACGAGGAAGACAAACAUGCACGUGGAUCUGUCUGUGGAUGCAUCAGAAUGGAGCGAGCAGGGAGCUUGUGGCUUGCCGUAGUAAUUUGUACGUCACACAGAAGCAUUUUUUUUCCUGCUCCAGCUUCACAACCAUUUGAAUAAUUAAAUGGCCCGAAUUGCUUUUCUUUAGAAAUGCCACAAGAGAAUGUUAAAAACACCAUGAACACACUUUUCAUCAGAGUGGGUCUUCAAAGAGGUUUAAUGUUUAACCUGCUGACUGACUGCAUGAGGCGGAGCCUCUUUAGAGGCGAGGAUGAUUGUGAAAAGAGGAAACUUUUUACCAAAGUUCCUUAAAGUUGAACUUGUUGAUCCAGAACUUCCAGAACCCAACUGUUACUGCAUGAUACUCAGAGGCUGAGCUUUUACAUCCCUGCUUUACUACAGGUUUCGCAGGAUGUGAUGUUAUAGCAAUUAUCCUUAUGCAAUAUAAUCAACACCUAAAUAGUUGUAUGAUGAAUGAGUACAUAUAUCUGUGUGUAUGACACCGUCGACACACUACUGUGAUUAAUUAUUGCUUUUAAAAUUUCAACUUUAUGUUAGAAAUCAAUCCUUAUCAUUUCAAGUCUAAACACCAGACUUACAUCUCAUUAUCCAGAUUUCCAAAAGUAUUUUUAAAUUAGUUUAAUCAAAAAUUUAACGUGUCAAUAAGAAAAAGACUCAUCAGACAAUUUAACGACUAGAUUUGUUGCUUUGACUCAUUUUCAUCACAGCAUUUUAGAUUUCUGCCACAUGGAAAAUGUCAAUUUAUUUAAUAUGUCUUUUUAUCAUAUAUUAAAACAAACAUUUGAACUGAAGUAUGCAUUAUUUCUGGUUGUGUUUAUCGACGUUGAAGUGAUUCUGAGAGGACAACGCUCUGUCAAAAGUUGCAAACCCGUUUGGGUGAAUAGGCUAAUGCAGCUAACAUGUAGCCGUGUUGAAUGUGUUUUUUUUUUCAUGUUACCAACAGGGGUUGGAGUCAGCAUGGUCACAUGGUUUGUUUUAACCGUAACAGUCUGACUUUUUACGAGUUGCAAACGCGCCGAUCCCUUCUAAUGCGGCUAAUGUCUAGUGAGUUACAAACAAGUUUUAGAGUUACUGUGACCUUAGUUACUUUAAGUCUCUGGCAAACUCAGCUCUGAUUUUUUUUUGUCUGGCUUAAAGCACUUUAUAGUUGAGUGCAUGUUAUAAAUGACAUAAGGUUCAAAAGUUGCCCAUUCACUGACGGUGUGCCUUAUGAUCUGGUGCGCCCUAUAGUGCAGAAAAUAUGGUAUGUUUGCAUUUACCAUGUUUGCUUUGGCUGAUUUUCCUCUGAACAGACCAAAACAUCUGACUCCAGACCUUUCACUGCAGAGAAAAUGUCGAGUGGUUACCGGCUUUGUGUCUGUUUUUCCACGUCGUUGCCCUAUGAUGCUGUGAUUCAGCAAAAGUUCCUUUUUUUUAAAACUAUAUGCCAAUAGUAUUUGGGUGAAAUCCUACAAUAAAAAGUACAAAUGUGACUAAGGAAUAGAAAGUAACCAAUUGUAGCUGAGUAAAAACACUGAUUUAUCUUUAAUCUAAUUCAGUUAAAGUAAUGCUGGAGAAUUGUACUCUAAGACAACGUCUUUCCACAAAACGUUACUUUAGUAAAUGUUAAAUUCCCAUCCACAUCUGUUUAAAAGUCAAAGCUGGACUGAGUUUGAGAAUCCCUUUUAUUCUCUACAACAUGUGCAAUAAUACUACGUACAAUAUGAAAGUUUUAAAACCCCUUCAACUACUUUUACUUGUUAUCGUUAUUAUUAUUUGAUCUUUAUUUCCUUGUGUACAGUGUUUUUUUUACUUGAGGGGAAAUGCACAAGAAUUCCAAUGUAUAUGUGCUGCGACAUAUCUGUGCAUUUGGCAAAUAAAGCUCUACUCUACUCCACUCUAACAAUGAUACAAAGGCCGGGCUGAAGUCUUCUCCUGAACUCAGGAUGUUUUUCAAAUCCUAAACGUACCUUGAAAGAGUCGGUUAAAAUUAUCUCUACUAAAAGCUGUCUGCUUUUGAGAUUAGGUCCAGUAAACAAACACGAACACACAGACUUGCUGAAUGUCUUUUCUGUUUUUCAACUUCAUAAGUAAGGUAGCAACUUUUGACCCAAAGGUUUUCAUGUGAUUCAUGUGUUAAACCGAGUGAAUCCAGGCUAAAGGCGUCCAGGUCGCCUCACAGAGGUCAAACACCAGCGCAGACCCUGCAGCCAUUGCUGCUUUUCUAAAGCUGGAGGAAUACCGUCAACUAAAGAGAGUCUAACAAUAGAUCAAACUGUGUCUACACAACAAUGUUUGCAAUAAACACCAAUAGGAUGAAGUACAAAAGCAGACACAACAAAUACAUAAAAAGAAGUUUAGUUUAAAGUGUAGUUCAUACACAAUUUUAAGACUAAUCAAACAUUUGCCGUGGUGCAGUGGUAGGUUGGUUGACGUCUGAUCAAGAAAAUUGCAGGUUUGAUUCCCACCUGGCCCGUCCAUGUGUUGCAGUGUCCUUGGACAAGACACUGAACCCCCCCUUGCCUUUGUUGGGAGGUUGGCGCCAGUGUUCGGCAGCAGAGCCGCCAUCGGUGUGUGAAUAGGACUGUGACUGUAAAGCGCUUGAACCAAUGUUCAAUGAUCCCGUUCGGUAGACAUUGACAGUGGAUGCAAAGACAUAUUUUUGGCCAAAACGGAACCCCAUAAACUAUGGGGGAUAAACUCUACCAUCCAAAACACCGAAUGUAUCCUCAGAAACGGCAUGUUUCACAUCAGAGUCGUUAUUGCUGUUCUGUUUAAGUCAUCUUUCUGUUUGGUGUAGAAUUCAGAGCUGCAGUGCUGUAACCAUCUUCUGUUUUGACACGUACGUCUUCAACAACGUUAAACAAACAUAAAGUGAAUAUUCUUCUUCUCUUUGGUGAAACAAAAAUGCAGUAAAGUCUGGCUGUGAAUUGAGAAAGACCUGCAUAUGUGAAGACUGCUGCAGAUCAUGAGGAAAAGCCAAACCUGACUGAUGACGGGAUUUGAAUAAAAUAGUUCAAUAAACAUGAUGAACAAAAAGGGCUCAAAUAAUGAGUGGGUAAAAGUAAAAUGUUAUUAAAUCUCACCACCAAUCUCACAAGAUUGAAUGCAUUUUUACAUAUUAAACUUGUAAUAUAAUGAUUGGUAGAAACAAUGGGAACAAAUCACUGAGAUGUCUCUAUUUAUUCUAAAUGAACAAAAAGUUUUUAGUUUGCAGAUGUUCAGCAUAAACAGGCACUUUUAGAUCUUUAAUUGAAAUUAUGUGUCUUACAGUGUUGAAAAUGUUCUGCAGGAAACAGUUUGGACUGUUUUUAUUUAAUGAUGAAAUGAGUGGGGUUUUUUUUACCACUGGCACAUUUACAUUUUCCCUCUUUUCUGUUCAUUUAAUGUCGCUGUCACUAUAUGUAUCAUUUGUUGUGUAUUUGAUGACAUUCAGUACCGACCCCAUUCAAAUGAAUGGGAAGGUGUAUCCAAACUUUUGGUCUGUACUGUAAAUGACUAAAAUAAAACAGAACACCAGCCUUGAUAUGAGUACUUGCAGCUUUCUUGGUUUAAAUCCGUGUUGAUCAAACAAUUAAGACCAAAAGAAAAGAAAAGAAAGUGGGUUUAACUUUCUCAAUGGAUAAACUUUGGUUCUGUUGAACGUCUGACCCUCAGUCUUGUUUCACUUCAGGGACCGAGUUUCUUGUUAAGCACUUAUGGCUGAGAUGGAAAACCGCACCGAGUGUAUUCCGCUGUAUUCCUCUUCCCAUCACAUUAACUCACUUCUGGCAAUAUUCUGAGGCAAUACAUUAGUGAGCUUUCUCUGUGCCAUAGAGGGACAGCUACAACCGUUUCAAGGCUGUGUCAGAUCUCAAGAUAUUUACAGUUUCCAGGGGUCUUUAAAUUAUGAUUAGGAUACUCUUAGCCAAAAUUAAAAAAAAAAAA